UAUUUAGUCGGGCAGUCGUUUCGUGCGCGAGAACUGUUUUGGUUUUACGUACUGUAUUUUUUUUAUUUAUUUAUAAAAUUUAAUUUAUUAAACAUAAAUAACUAGAAAAAUGGUGGACAGUGAUAUUGUUGUGGCGUCCAAGUCGGAAGGAUUCCAUCUUGGACAUUUGUUUUUGUCGAUUAUGAAGAAGAGUCCAGAUGAACUCAAUCAGAUAGACGCCGCCACAGGACAGAAAGAGACGAACGCAUCGGUACUAAGUAGGUCUGUUCGCUUGGCCAAAUGCCUGCGAAGACUGGGCCUACAGCCUGGGGAUGUCGUGGCCUUGAGCGGUCCGAAUCAUAUCAAUAUACACAUUCCAUACUAUGCCGCUAUGCUUAACGGAUUACCCUUAGUUGGCGCCGAUCGUACGUUUAAAUAUGAUGAAGUUUACGAGCUUUUUAAACGGACUGCGCCAAAAAUAGCGUUUUGUCAUUAUGAAAUGUCUGAAAUUUUUGAGAGAGCCGCGAAAGCACUAAAUUUAACCACAAAAAUUGUAACUUUUGACAAAGGCAAUUGCACAAUGGAUAAGUUUCUUGAUUCCUAUAAUGAAGAUGGAUCUUUGGACGGAUUUGCACCAGCCAGUUUCGACCUGGAAAAAGUAUACUUGUGGCUGAUUGGCACAGGCGGCACCACGGGAGGGUUUAAGAUAGCAGCCUUCAAACAUCGGCCCUGGGUGGAGAAGACUGUGCAGUACUACCAAAUGGUCAGACUGCUUCAGAUGAAGCUACAAAAAGCAGUAAGCAGCAAACAACCGAGCUGGGCGGAGAACCUCUCAUUAAACCUGUCUCCGAUACACUGGGUGUCCGGCUUCUUCAACCCGAUCGCCAUGGCUAUAACCGGACAAUGCAAACUGCAGACCUCAGCCGAACAAACUGCUGAGCAUGUCAUUGAUGUCAUUAAUGAAUAUAAGCCCACCUCCGUGCUGAUGGGGCCAUCUCUGAUGACGUCAAUACUCAACCACGAGAAGCCAUGUGACUUCAGUUGCUUCACUGUAAUAACUUUGACCGGGGGACAGGUGUACAAAGAUAUACUAGUUAGAUUGAAGCAACGUGUGAGAGAAGAAACAUUGAUAUUUGUGGCUUACGCGCAAACGGAGACUUUGUGCCACUGUCUGACCCCGCUACCAUUCGGCCCUCUCGGCAACUGCGGCCAACCUAUGGCUAACGUCCAGUUGAGGCUGGUAGACCCAGAAACAGGGAAGGACAUAACAGAACCGAACACUCCAGGCGAGCUGUGGACUAAGGGACCAAGUUUCACAGAAUACUACAACUCACCAGAAGAGACUGCGCAGGCGUUCACAGAAGACGGCUGGUACAAGACCGGGGACAUCCUGUAUAGAGACGACAAUAACUACUAUUUCUUUGUCGAGAGGCUCAAGAUGCUCAUCAAGUAUAGGAAUCAACAUGUGCUACCAGUAGAACUGGAAGAAGUGAUCCGCUCGCACGCAGACGUGUUCGACGUGGGCGUAACCAGCAUCCCCUCGGAGCAAGACGGGGAGCAUCCCGUGGCUUGCGUGGUGACCCGCCCCGGCAGCCACGUCACUGCUCAGCAGAUACACACUCUAGUCGCUGACAAGCUGUCGGAGAGCAAGCAGCUGCGCGGCGGCGUGGUGUUCCUGCGGGAGCUGCCGCUCACCUCCACCGGCAAGCUGGCGCGCGCCGCGCUGCGCAAGCUCGUGCUCGAUUGUGAGAGACUAUAAAACAUAUCGGUGUUAUAAUUAUAGUUCCCAGCAAUAAUGUAAAUAUCCUCUCUAUGUUUUAAAUAAAUUUAUUUUUUAUCUUU